CAAGGGUCGCCCCCGCCCCCUCCUCACCUCCCCUUCGCGGGUGUGAGGCGAGCGGCCUCGGCUCACCGCUUAGCGCCCCCCUCAGCCGCUGCCGCCGCCGCCGCCUCCGCCCGGCGGCCAUGUCCUCCGGCCGCCGCCGCCGCCGCACGAGCGCGGGGCUCCCGCGGCCCAGCGCGCAGUGAGCGCGGGGCCCUCUUGCCGUUCGUCCGCCCCGGGGCCCCCUUGUUCUCAGCGCCGCCGCCGCCGCCAUGUUGGGUUCAGAGCCGCAGCGGAGCCGCCGCCGGCGCCGCCGGUGAGGGAGGCCGAGAGCGGAGCCCGCCCCGCCCCGGGGCCCAGGGAGCGGGGCCGCCUCGGAGCCCGGCCUCUCCCCUACAGCCGCCUUCCCGGCCCGCCCGCCCGCGGUGUGAGCGAGCGAGCGAGCGCCGGGCCGCGGCCGCGCCUUCCGUUCCCGGCCCGAGCGAGCCCGCCGUCCGUUCGUUCCCCCUCCGCCGGGCCCGGCCACAUCCUGCAGCGGAGCCCUCGAGAGUCAGCGCCAUGGCGGAGCAGACCUACUCGUGGGCCUAUUCCCUGGUGGAUUCCAGUCAAGUGUCUACAUUUCUGAUUUCCAUUCUACUUAUAGUCUAUGGUAGUUUCAGGUCCCUUAAUAUGGACUUUGAAAAUCAAGAUAAGGAGAAGGACAGUAACAGUUCUUCUGGGUCUUUCAAUGGCAACAGCACCAAUAAUAGUAUCCAAACUAUUGACUCUACCCAGGCCCUGUUCCUUCCAAUUGGAGCAUCUGUCUCUCUCCUAGUAAUGUUCUUCUUCUUUGACUCAGUUCAAGUAGUUUUUACAAUAUGUACAGCAGUUCUUGCAACGAUAGCUUUUGCUUUUCUUCUUCUCCCGAUGUGCCAAUAUUUAACAAGACCCUGUUCACCUCAGAACAAGAUUUCCUUUGGUUGUUGUGGGCGUUUCACUGCUGCUGAAUUACUAUCGUUCUCUCUGUCUGUCAUGCUCGUCCUCAUCUGGGUUCUCACUGGCCAUUGGCUUCUCAUGGAUGCCCUGGCCAUGGGUCUCUGUGUCGCUAUGAUCGCCUUCGUCCGCCUGCCCAGCCUCAAGGUCUCCUGCCUGCUUCUCUCAGGGCUUUUAAUCUACGAUGUCUUUUGGGUGUUUUUCUCUGCCUACAUCUUUAAUAGCAACGUCAUGGUGAAGGUGGCCACACAGCCGGCUGACAAUCCCCUUGACGUUCUAUCCCGGAAGCUCCACCUGGGGCCCAAUGUUGGGCGCGACGUUCCUCGCCUGUCUCUGCCUGGAAAACUGGUCUUCCCCAGCUCCACUGGCAGUCACUUCUCUAUGUUGGGCAUUGGAGACAUCGUGAUGCCUGGACUCCUGUUGUGCUUUGUCCUUCGUUACGACAACUACAAAAAGCAAGCCAACAGUGACUCCUGCAGUGCCUCUGGACCCGCCAACAUCUCCGGACGCAUGCAGAAGGUUUCCUACUUUCACUGCACCCUUAUUGGAUACUUCGUAGACAGAUACUUCCCUUCAUCUGCUCUAACAUUUCCAUCACCUCUGACCUCGGACUCUCCCUCGGCCAGCUUUUCUCUAGCCAGCUCCGUUUCGGGCAGACAGGAAGAGACGGUUGUAAUUGGGCUAGUAACCUGUCUGUACUCCAGCAGCUACGACAGUGAACGGAAAGGAGCACCUUUCUUGACACUGUGCCUCCUACUGAAGAAGCACUUCAUAGUCCACGGUGCUCUCAUAGGCGUGGGUUCAUUGCCACUCCACUCCACUGGCUCUGAGGGGGGCAGGGCAACUGUGGUAUCCCCAUUAGAUGGAUGCGGAGGCUGAGGCUCAAGACGUGAAAGGCCUUAGCCAAGGUUAUAUGGCUGUCAUGAGCAGCAGAGUUGAAACUUGAACCCAGGUCUUCUGCCUCCAAGUCUAUCAUCAUAUACCACAGGAGACAGAGGGAGGCCAGGCACACUCAGGGCUGAAAUGAGGCCUGGAACCAGGGACCUGGGCACGGAGUGGGACUUGGGCUACUCACAGGUCCUUGGAAUUCUACGCUUUUAAAAGCUUUGCUGCUCCCUGUUUCUUUACCUGCUCAAGCUGGGCAUUUCACUCCCCACCAUUGGAUGGAAUGUGUCACAUUACAGCUGUACAAUCUCAGGACUGUGCCAAGAAGCAGCCAGGUAACAGCGGCUCUCCUCUCUCGGGGCUGUCCCCUUGGAGUUAUUCACGAAUGUUUCUCUCUCCCCGCAGGUCUGCUUACUGCUACUGUGGCGUCUCGAAUUCACCGAGCAGCCCAGCCCGCCCUUCUCUAUUUGGUGCCAUUUACCUUAUUGCCACUCCUCACGAUGGCCUAU